AGGAAGUCCCGCCCCUUCGGUUCUCCUGCGGGCCUCUAUUCGCUCCCCAACAAGUCACAGAGACAACAGCAGCCGUAUCGAGAUAAUGGAUCAGAGCGCACACAUGCGGUUUUAAUCGGGGUUGCUUCAGUGGAAUAUAUUUUUCUCGGUUGUUUGAGCGGGCGGAUCGAGAGCGGCCGAAUCUGUCAACACAUACAUGUGAUUCGUUGUAAAGCGUGGCACAUUAGUCAAGGCGUCCAGAUGAUGUCAGGGAAGCAUUUCAAGGCUCAAGAAGUCAGUUGCUGCAUCAAAUACUUCAUAUUUGGAUUCAAUAUCAUAUUUUGGUUACUCGGUGUGGCUUUUCUGGGCAUCGGAUUGUGGGCAUGGAGUGAGAAGGGGGUCCUGUCCAACAUCUCGUCCAUCACCGACCUGGGGGGCUUCGACCCGGUGUGGCUGUUCCUGGUGGUGGGGGGGGUGAUGUUCAUCCUGGGCUUCGCCGGUUGCAUCGGCGCUCUGCGGGAGAACUCCUUCCUGCUCAAGUUUUUCUCGGUGUUCCUGGGCAUCAUCUUCUUCCUGGAGCUGACGGCCGGGGUGCUGGCCUUCGUGUUCAAGGACUGGAUCAAGGACCAGCUCAACUUCUUCAUCAACAACAACAUCCGGGCGUACCGGGACGACAUCGACCUACAGAACCUCAUCGACUUCACCCAGGAAUACUGGGAGUGCUGUGGCGCCUUUGGGGCUGACGACUGGAACUUGAACAUCUACUUUAACUGCACAGACUUCAACCCCAGUAGGGAGAAGUGUGGUGUGCCUUUCUCCUGCUGCACCAAAGACCCGGCGGAGGAUGUCAUCAAUACACAAUGUGGCUAUGAUAUCCGAGCCAAAACGGACUCUGAGCAGAGGACCUUCAUCUACAUCAAAGGCUGUGUUCCUCAGUUUGAGAAGUGGCUGCAAGACAACUUGACGGUGGUGGCAGGAAUCUUUAUAGGAAUAGCAUUACUACAGAUAUUUGGGAUCUGUCUAGCGCAGAAUCUAGUGAGUGACAUUGAAGCAGUCAGAGAAAGCUGUUUGUUCACCUAGCAUUUAAUGAUGCAUCUGAGAUGCUAACAGGAAGUACCAGAGGUCAGCAGUUGGACGCCAGCUGCCCGAGGGGUUUCAAACUGACGUUAUAUGGGCUAUGUCCAGACUGAGCCAAAUCCCAUGGUAAUGAUUAUUUUGUUAAAGUCCUACAUGUGAUCCCCUUUUAGAAGGAAGCACAAGCUCUAAGAACUCUACCACAAACAAACAAAAAAUCCUCUGUAUUAUAACGCCAACGUAUCACCAAUGUAAGCCGCAGGUAUGAUUGUAAAGUUGCUAUAGUGAUUAUGGUUGAUGUAGCAGAUGUGGAGAUGGGGGGGGGGAAUCUUUAUCGUGCGUACAGAAGACUGAUUUAAGGGGCUGUACUUCCUGUGUGUAGGAAUGAUAACAGGGAGGGCUUUUGGGGAGGUCUUAGCGGUGGUGCUUUUAUGCUCUAUGACUUCUUCUACCUAUGUCCAGUUUUUUGUUGGUUUGUUGGUUUGGUUUUACCGCUGAACCUGGGGGGGGAGGGUGGGGGGGGGCUGUGUACAAACGUGAAGUGAUUCUAGAAACGCAUGCCUCUUGUCUGUUGAUAGGACAUUGGCUCUCUUAACCGAGUUACCUUAAUGUCAAGUAUUUUAAAAAAGUGUUUGUAAGAUAACUAGUGUAGAGCGACAUGGCCGAUUAGCACUUUUAAAAAUGUCACUGACAUUAUAUUUUCUUCAGUUAUAACGGAACAAACUGAGCUAGUAUUAGGACCUGUAACUCUAUAUGAACACUAAUUCUAACUUCAGUAGCACCAUCAAAUACUUACACAAACGUGAUCACUUACUAGAAACACAGGCCUGUUUUGGU